AUGUCGGACUUCAAGUUGGCAGUGGACCAGGACCAGAAGGCCCGGGAGCUGCCUCUGCUCAGAGUCUGCGGCACUGCCGCGGAAAAUCCUCACAUGCGAGCCUUCUGGGGCGCCACCUUGUCCUUCUUCCUCGCCUUCCUCGGUUGGUUUGCCUUGGCUCCGUUUGGCGUGGAGGUGGCAACCAGCAUGCACAUCUGCGAGAACCAGCUCUACCCGCCUGAGAGCCAUCCGAAGCGGAUCGCCUUCCUCAGGUACAAGGACCUCGCCACCGGCGACGCGUAUUGCCAGCACGGCAUGGUGUUUGGAGAGGACGGGGUGACGCCCACCGACUGCGCAGAAGUGCCAAACAGCGCAGCCUCCCCGGAAGACAUGCAGAAGUACCGACCCGAGGUGCUGGCCGGGUGCGUCUGCAGCGCCGGCACGGAGUGCAGCAGCGUCAUCGCCAACGCGGGGGUGGCCUCGGUGGCGUCGACCAUCUUCGUGCGCGUGGCGCUGGGCACGCUCCUGGAGAGGUUUGGGCCUGUGAAUGUACAGGCCGGUCUUCUGACCUUCGGCGCGGUUUGGGUGGCUCUGGCAGCAACCAUCCAGCAGACGUGGCAGUACAUGCUGAUCCGGUUCUUCAUUGGCUGCGUUGGGGCCACGUUCGUGACGAACCAGUUUUGGUGCUCUUUGAUGUUCGCCCCAAACGUGGUGGGCACCGCCAACGCCACCGCCGCGGGCUGGGGCAACCUGGGGGGCGGCGUCACCCAGAUCUUCAUGACCUCUGCGCUGUUCGCCCCUAUGGUGAGCGCGGGGCUCGAUCCUGACACCGCCUGGCGUGUGUCCAUGAUCAUCCCGGCGGUACUGCUGGUGCUCUGCGCGGCGGCGCUGCAGCUGCUGUGCUGGGACACGCCCCGAGGCAGGCGCUUGGACCUCAAGGCGGCCGGGAAGACGCGGAAGGCCUCGGUGCGCGACUACCUCCAGGUGCUGAAAGACGUUCGGGUGGUGGUGAUGAUCUUCCAGUAUUCGGCCUGCUUUGGCACGGAACUGGCGAUGAACAACCAGCUUGCGACGCACUUCAGGACCUACUUUCAGAUGCCGGCGCAAGAUGCCGCGACGUUGGCUGGCUGCUUUGGUCUCAUGAACCUCUUUGCCCGUUCUCUGGGUGGCAUUUGCAGCGACCAGCUCUUCAAGCUCGCGGGCUUUCGGGCCCGGCUUUGGGCACAGUUCCUGUGCCUUUUCCUAGAGGCCGUUUUCCUCUUCAUCUUCGGGCUGGUGGAUAACACUCAGCCCUGGUAUGUGGCUCUGGUGGUGCAGAUUCUCUUCUCCUUGUUCGUCCAGAUGGCCGAGGGUACCAGCUUUGCCAUCGUGCCCUUCAUGAAUCCAAACCAGCUGGCGGUGGUCUCCGCGCUGGUGGGCGCUGGCGGGAACAUGGGGGCCGUGCUCGCGGGGUUUUGCUUCUACCGGCCCAUCGAGGAUCCACUGCUGCCCUUCCAAGUUCACGCGGCCUAUGUGAUGUUGUGGGCCUUGCUGACCCCGGUCUACUAUUGGCGCGAGCAUGGCAGCAUGUUCCUUGCCCCUGCGGUGUCUGCGACGAAUGUGUUGGAGUCCCCGCAGAAGUCGGGAGAAGUCUCCGAACCCGGAGACAUUUCUAUUUAA